ACUGUCGUGCCCCUUCUGCACCCCUUCGAGUCGCACGAUGCUAACUAAAGAACAGGUGCUGAAGUUUGAGGAUGAUGGUUUCCUAUUGGUGGAGGAUUUCCUGACAGCAGAGGAUGCUGACAGCCUGAGACAGGCCUGCCACACAUUGGUUGAAGACAUGAAACCUGAAGAGCACAAUACAGUCUUCACCACAUUGGAGAUGAAGAGGACUAGCGAUGACUAUUUCCUGAAUAGUGGAGACAAAAUAAGGUUUUUCUUUGAGGAUGGAGCAAGAGAUGAGAAAGGACAACUGAAAGUGGACAAGCAAUUGUCUCUGAACAAAAUUGGCCAUGCUCUCCAUGUACUUAAUCCUGCCUUUAGAAAGGUGACAUUCAGUGAAGGAAUAAAGUCGAUUGCACGAGAUAUUGGACUGGUGGACCCUGUCGUUUGCCAGAGUAUGUACAUUUUCAAGCAACCUGGCAUUGGAGGAGAAGUGGUGCCCCACCAAGACCAGACAUUUCUUUAUACAGACCCUAUGCGACUGUUUGGUAUCUGGAUAGCACUAGAAGAUGCCACCACAGAAAAUGGCUGCCUUUGGUUUCAACCAGGCUCACAAAAACCUGGUUUAUAUGCCAACAGAAGAAUGAUCCGUAACCCAAAAAUGGGUGAGGAGGGAGAACCUACUACAAUUUUUACUUGUGAUGCUCCCAAGUAUGACUACUGUGACUACAUACCUGUACCUGUCAAAAAAGGGGGCUUAGUGAUUAUCAAUGGAGAAGUGAUACACAAGAGUGAACACAACAUAUCCAAAAAGUCUCGGCAUAUCUACACCUUCCACAUGUAUGACCAGAAUAACACAGUGUACAGCAAAGACAACUGGUUACAGCCUUCCAAGGAUGUGCCCUUCACCCCUUUGUACAACACAUCACCAGUCUCUGAGUAACAGUAUUAUUCUCUGUGCCCAGUUUAUACAGAAUUGUUAUCUUUCCACAUUACAAAGAAAUAAUUAACCAUUAGAUACUAUAUGCAGACAGGAUAUUCAUAGGUUUCCAGUGAUUGUUAUUCUUACCAGGAUCACUUGUAACAGGAUUACACUGCAGUUUAAUUCACUGUUUGGCUCUACAUGAAUAAAUUUAAUUGGUGAUGUUUGUGUUUCUCUUGUACAAUCAACUGUAGAUAUAGAGCCAGGGAGAUAUCUGUUACAACUGCCAUUCCAGUAGUAAGUCUGUUUUAUAUUGAUACCUGUAAUUCUACAUGAUUUCUGUUUUUAUUCAAUUAUGGCUCAAGCAUCUAUUGUACAAUGUGUAAAUUCUGAAAGUGCUGAAAUAUUUCAUGAUUUUACAUCUUAAUAGUUGCUAUUGUAUUGUUAAUAGGUUGGUAGAAGGGUAGGAGGAGGAAAUGUUUCACUGAUGUGAGAAAGUAAUUGAUUUUUAAUUCUUUGUAUAUAUAACAAAUUACCUCUGAUAAUUAAGAUUUAUGAUCUCGACAAUGAUAUCUCAAUUUUUUUUUUAAUGAUUUCAUAAUUAUUUUGCCAAUGUGUUCAUUAUAACAAGUAAAUUCGGUCUGUAAAAUGCAUUUGCCGACUGGUAUGUAUGUCAAUGGCAAUAAUGAAAUAUAAUGAAAUAUAGAUACAUUAUAAAGGCAAAAAAAUACCAGCAAUAUGUAUCCCCUACAUGAUCUGAAACAUCUUCCCAUUAAAAAAGGUAGUGUCAGUAUUUAGAGAUAGAAGGUACCAUCAGUAUUUAGAGAUAGAAGAUAGUGUCAGUAUUUAGAGAUAGAAGGUAGUGUCAGUAUUUAGAGAUAGAAGGUAGUGUCAGUAUUUAGCGACAGAAGGUACCGUCAGUACUUAGAGAUAGAAAGUAGCGUCAGUAUUUAGAGAUAGAAGGUAGUGUCAGUAUUUAGAGAAAGAAGGUAGUGUCAGUAUUUAGAGAUAGAAGGUAGUGUUAGUAUUUAGAGAUAGAAGGUAGUGUCAGUAUUUAGAGAUAGAAGGUAGUGUCAGUAUUUAGAGAAAGAAGAUAGUGUCAGUAUUUAGAGAAAGAAGGUAGCGUUAGUAUUUAGAGAUCAAAGGUAGUUUCAGUAUCUAGAGAUCAAAGGCAGUGUUAGUACUAUGGAAAUGGGAACAUGUUUGAGAUUAUACAUGUAUGGUACAUGUAACCCUGGUGAAUACAACCUGCAAUACUCCGUUCAGCUAGGGAGAUCUUCCCUUAAACUUGGUCCGAUGAUUUUCAUUUUUCUAUAGUUGAACAUAAGACUAGUAGGACAGAGGUCUCGGGUCUGAAUCCUAGUGGAGCAAUGAACCAAAUAAUGACCUUUGUUUCAUAUUCAUUUUGCAAAAUAUCAAAUCAAGAAGACUGACUUUGUGACACAAUUUUAUAUAUUAACCAGCGAAACAACUGACCUCAUUGAAACUUCAUAAAAUCAUCUUUUGUCUCCAGUGAAGUAACCGUGAAUUAUUCAGUGUUAUGUCGGUAUAUACACAGAUUAUGUAUAAACAUGUUGUAUUGGAUGAGUAAUAUGCAAACAGACAUUAUCAGUCCACAUAUAUAUUGAUGUGUAAUAUGUAUACAAUGUACACAGAUUAACAGUCCACAUGUGUACUGUAUGUAUAACAUGUAUACAAUGUAUACAGAUUAUCAGUCCACAUUUGUAACAUGUAUACAAUGUACACAGAUUAUCAGUCCACAUAUGUACUGGAUGUGUAACAUGUAUACAAUGUACACAGAUUAUCAGUCCACAUGUGUACUGGAUGUGUAAUAUGUAUACAAUGUACACAGAUUAUCAGUCCACAUGUGUACUGGAUGUGUAAUAUGUAUACAAUGUACACAGAUUAUCAGUCCACAUGUGUACUGGAUGUGUAAUAUGUAUACAAUGUACACAGAUUAUCAGUCCACAUUUGUACUGGAUGUGUAACAUGUAUACAAUGUACACAGAUUAUCAGUCCACAUGUGUACUGGAUGUGUAACAUGUAUACAAUGUACACAGAUUAACAGUCCACAUGUGUACUGUAUUUGUAACAUGUAUACAAUGUAUACAGA